CGCGCGCCGAAUCCGUGCCGCUGCCGGAAACUGCCUGAGCGCGCGGGUGGCGGGUGGGCGGUAAGCGGCGACUCGGAAGGGGCCUGGAGUGUCGUUGGACGAUGUUGUAAAACUAAAACACCCGCCCUGUGGCCCGCCUUCUCUGAGACGGAGGGUGCUGGAGUGCGCGCGAAGUCGAAAGCCGGGCUGAGAGGCUCUCCAUGUAGUCCCCGCUCCCCGCUCUUUCGCCCUCCCGCUUUAUCUGUGGUAGUUCUGGGCAGCUGGACAUUAUUUGGGAAGAAGGAAACGGAAACUGGUCAGGGAAGGCCUUGCAACUCUAGUAAAAUUCAGGAGGAAGAGGGUCGUUAAGAAUCGUAGUGUUCUGGCUACACAGUAAGGGUGGGAGCUGAUUUACCUUUGUGCUUAGGAAUUGUUUCAGUUUCUUUCUCCUGAAAGAGCUGGCAUGUGAGUUGGGUUAAAAGGAUGUAUAAAUGGGAUUGAGGUCAGGCUUCAGAGGAAGUAACAUAACUUUAAAAGCAGCUGUAGGAUUAGUAGGAGCGAAGAAAACCAGCCCAAAAGUGACUCGCAGCAGCUAAUCAGAAGCAGUGUGUUCUGAUAUGAGAGGUAUUUUUGCUUUCAGGUAGCGUCCUCUUCUGCUGCGCCUACAUCUUCGGCUUUUCAGAUGGCGCAGGCAUUUCGAGAACUCUUUCUGUUUUAUUGGAUUAGAGAACAUAGCUGAAUGUAGAUGUUUGUGCCAAAAGGAAAGUGUGGACAUAAUAUCUCCUUUUAAGAUGAGUAACUGCUCUUCCUCAAGACUAGAAGAUAGAGUUCAACGAACUCUGAAAAAAGUGUUUGGAUUUGACACUUUCAAGACUUCAUUGCAGGAAAGUGCAACCAGAACUGUUGUGAAAGGGGAGAAGGAUGUCUUUGUAUGCAUGCCCACUGGCGCAGGGAAAUCCCUGUGCUACCAGCUUCCAGCAGUCCUGGCAACAGGAAUCACUAUUGUCAUUUCACCUUUAAUUUCACUGAUUCAGGACCAAGUGGACCAUUUGCUCUUGCUCAGAGUGAAAGCCAGCUCUCUUAACUCCAAGAUUUCUGCUCAGGAGAAAAAGGCUAUCUUAGCUGACUUGAUGUGUGACAAGCCUCAGAUAAAGCUCCUCUACAUCACACCAGAGAUGGCAGCUUCCUCUUCCUUUCAGCCUACCCUGAAGGUUCUAGUGUCUCGAAACCUCCUUUCCUACCUAAUAGUUGAUGAGGCUCACUGUGUUUCUCAGUGGGGGCACGACUUCCGACCAGACUACCUGAGACUUGGCUCUUUGCGCAGUCAAAUACCCAACACUCCAUGCAUAGCCCUGACGGCCACAGCCACUAAACAGGUCCAAGAUGAUAUUAUUGCAUCGCUUAAGCUAAAGAGGCCUGUUGCCACUUUCAAAACACCUUGCUUCAGGUCCAACCUGUUCUAUGAUGUGCAAUAUAAAGAUACCUUAACGGAUCCGUAUGAAAACCUGAAACAGUUCUGUCUGAAGUGUCUUGGGCAGAAGAAUGACUCCGGGCGCUACUCAGGCUGCGGAAUUGUCUACUGCAGGAAGAGAGAAGUAUGUGAACAAGUGGCUAUUGAACUUAGCUACAGAGGAGUCAACUCCAAGGCAUACCAUGCAGGACUGAAAGUAGCAGAUAGAACAUCGGUUCAGAAUGAAUGGAUGGAGGAGAAGGUUCCAGUUAUUGUUGCUACUAUCAGUUUUGGAAUGGGAGUUGACAAAGCUAAUGUCAGAUUUGUUGCACAUUGGAAUCUUGCACAAUCUAUAGCUGGGUAUUACCAGGAGUCCGGAAGGGCUGGGAGAGAUGGAAAGCCAUCCAGCUGUCGCCUCUAUUACUCGCGGGAUGACAGGGAUCAAAUCAGCUUCCUGAUCAAGAAGGAACUUGCUACGUUGCAGGAAAAGCGAGGCUCCAGAUGGAAAGACUCCAGUAAAGCUAUGUUGAAAGACUUUGAUGCUAUGGUGGCCUUCUCUGAAGAACUGGGUUGUCGUCAUGCCGCUAUAGCCAACUAUUUUGGAGAUGCAGUUCCCCAGUGCAAUAAGUGCUGUGAUUACUGUAAGAAUCCUCAAGUGGUGAAAAAGCACGUAGAGGCACUUGAACACACUGGCAGCGGCUGGAAUAGAACCUGCAUUGGACCCUCUGCUUCUUCUUGGAAUGCCUUUGACCCAGACCUGUACGAAGGAGGCAGAAGAGGCAUGGGUGGCUUCAGCAGAUAUGAUGAAGACAGCGGGAGUGUGGCUGAAACGAAUGAGGACCAUCAGAAAAGGGAAUGGAACAACUUCUAUAAGAGGCAGAUGAGUCUGCGCAAGGGCCAGGAACCUGAAAAAGACAACUUUGUCCCUCCAGAUGCUGAUUGUCCCUUGAAGGAUGCAGCCAGCAGAAAAAUAGCUAAAAUCACAGUGAAGGCUAGAGAACACUGUCUGAACAUGCUGAAAGAAGCACUGAGCAACAACCGGGAAGCAGCUCUAACAAGAGAUGGCUCAGAUGUUCUAGUACAUGCUGUGGAAAUGGAGUAUGAAGCUUUCCAGGCCAGUAAAAUGGCAAACCUGUACAAGGCGACUGUUUUAAAGAAGGUAACCGAAAUUAACAAGGCUUCCAAAGAUGGGGAGCUGUAUUCCACCCUUGGAGUCAAUGGCAGUUCCAAGUUGAAGACUGAACCAGUGGCAACAGCUGAUGAUGGCUUCAUCCCCGCAUCCAAGGUGAAUACGUUCAAACCCAAGAGGGUGGGGAUUGGAUUUCGGAAGUCAUCUGAUGUAUUCCAGUCUGCUUCAGAAGUUCUGGCUGCCAAGGGAGAUGAUGGAGUUAAGCCUCUGAAGGAGGACAUUAACCAGAAGGGAAGCCACCACUGUGACCCUGAGCCUAUGGACAUUAAUGGCACACUUGAGAGACAGGCAAAAGUGGCUGAAGAAGUUUGCCAAAAUGCCGAGGAGGUUCCUGAGAAGAAGGGGCAGCAAAGCACCCCUGAUGCUAUAGCCUCCUUGGGAGUUAGUCCCACCAAGAAGGGCAAACCCAGUAAGAAACAGCUGCUGUUGGCAGAAGCAGCUAGGAAAGACUCUCAGAAGAUAUCGAAAUUCUUCUCCAUCCCCAAAGCAGGGUCCUUGGCGUCAGUGCUUGAUUUGGCAGAAGAGAACAACUGCUACCAUGAUGAACUACCUCAGUUUCCUUCCCAAAGAACAUGUGACGAGAAAGCAGAAUCUCAGGAAACUGAAAUGGUCUCCAAAGAAGAACAAGCUAGCAGAUCCCAUGUAGAAGAGGAAGAAUCAGAAAAAGCAGCAGAAGGUCUGACCCUUAGAAUUCCUAGCUCAGGAACAGAAUCCUCAUGUUCAGGAACAACCUUUGGAAAACCGAGAGUUAAGCCUCUCAUUGAAGAUGGAAUGACAAACAGUUGUCGAAACCAUAAUGGAAAGAGACCAGGGUCAGCUGAGGAUCUGGAAAGCCCUUCUGGAAAGAGGCUACGGAUGAUGACCAAGUCUUCCAUCACAUUGCAAUCAGAGGGGAAAGCUGAUGGGCUGAUGAAAAAGAAAGUCACGUUUGAUCCCAAUUUGUCGCAGGUUGAUAAAGAAGGAACAACCAGAAUCAUCCAGCCAACUACAAAGGCAUUGUCACUUAAGGAAACGGCAGACAUUGUUGUAAAAUACUUGACCCCUUUUUACAAAGGUGGCAAAUUUGCUUCCAAGGAUUUGUUUAAAGGGUUUGCCCGGCACCUCUCUCACUUACUGGCUGCAGACAAGAGUCCUCUCCGUAAGACAGUAAAAGAAGAAGCACAGAGACUGAUCAAGGAAUUUUUCAAAACCCGUGACAAGUGUGAAAAUGAGACAGACUGGCAGGAGCUAACCAGCUUGGAAACAUGACACCUGAAAGGCACUGGUUUUCUCUGCUUCCUGUGGCUGCUGGACCCCAAGCACUUAAAGGAAUCAUCGUAGCUAUGGGAGUGGGGUGGUGGUGGACCCAGUUAAGCACUGGCCUGGGGGAAAGGCCUUUGAGAUGUUAUCCUAGCUAGGUAAAGUCUGUUGUGCAGAUGGAGUCACCAAUUUUAAGUUACAAGGCUGCCCUGUGAUACAGUCAACUUUGCUUGUUUUAGACAUACCACGAGACUGUAAUUGAUUCUUUUGCUGACUAGGAAUCUUGCUGCUACCCAAGAUUUCCCGCCUCAACCCCCAGUCCGUUACUAUGUUUUUUUAAUUAGCAGCAGCAACAUCACUCAGAGUUGUCAUGGAAUACAUUUGCUUUGAAGAAGGCUUUCUCGUUUUGAUACAGUGGGAGGGAGUCUGGCAGAGCUGCUUUGCCCAGGUCCCUUUUGAUUUGUGUUGUUUGUGCUGAAAAGUGUCUCCUUGCACUAGAGUUAUUAUUUUUUAAACUGUGCAUAUUGCAAUAAGAAUGAGAAGUGCUGCCAGGGACAACUCUCUCUGUCAGAAAGUAAAUUUAGGGCCUAACUAAAGGUUGCAUGAAAUCAAUCUACAGUAUAAUAAAAUCCAGAAAGCUACCUCUUUAAACAGAGAGCAGCUGCUAUGGGAAGCGGGUGAUUUUGUAACGCCAGGCAGGGCAGGGGAGGUUAUUGGUGCCAGUUCCUGUCAGCUGUGUUAUCCCAAAUGACUCCACUCUCACAUGAGGUUAUGAAAUACAUGUUUGCCAACUUCUAUGCUCCCCAUGGGCAUCAGAGUUGUGUUACAUACAAAUGCAUGUAACAUGUAGUCAGACACUAAUAUAAUUUUAUUUUUCAGGAGAGAACAGUCUUCUUCAAGGCUUGAGGGCAUGUCCUUGCUUACAUAAAUUGAAGAGUUUUAUAUUUUGUGAAACCUCAGGAAUAAAUAGAGGCCAUGGGGCGACCCUUCCCUCCCCGCCAAAUUCUAUUUGGUGGUUACUAGUGUUUAUAUUCUGUUUUGUGUUUGCAGUAAACAGUUGUAUCCAGGAGCACCUCCUUCUGAUGAAAAGGCCUAAUACGUAUUUCAGGAAAGUUGUUGCCAUUGCAAUGUAUAAUUGCAUUUUUCUUUGUGCAUAUGGAAUAAGUCUAAAGAAAUCAGAGACCUUUGCAAACAGCUUAUUACUGACAUGUGAUUCCAGGUAGGUUCACAUUAGGGCUGCUUCACAAGCUCUGUGAUGACAGGUGCGUUUGAUGCACGGUAAGGAGUCCUGGACAUUUGCGCCUGCAGAAAACAUGAGUGUGUUGCAUGUGCAGAACUAUGUUUUUCAGGUGUAUAUGCAAAAUACUUUACAGGUUAUAAUAUGAGAUGUAGCCAUUUGUAUUAGCCACUUUGUAUUGUCCAUCAGGAUGUUAAAAGAACCAGCCUUCCAAAUAUCACAGUUGACUGGCAGGUGGUCUGCACAGCAGAGUCUUUGGUAUGAGGGCUGUGCAAGUAUUCACUUAAAGCCAUAUUGCUGCAUUGUGCCUCUCAUGUCAUCUUAUCAGACUACUGUGACAAAACUGCCCAGGGGUUUUAGCAGGAAGAUGCUGCUUUAUUUAUGUAUAGUUCAAGUUCGACAUAGACUGUAGAUUCCCUGCUGGGAUUAUGGUUUUUUUACAAUUGUAUUUUCUUCUUCUGUGCCUUAGAGAAGCAUUAACCUUUUCCUUUAGUGGAAACUCCCUAGACAAAGGUGGGCCUGGCAGAGGGACCCCCUUCUUAAUAGCUUGCACUUGGGAGCUAGGGGUUUGUUACUUUAAAAGGUUCAUGGUGAGCUGCUAAUAAAAUGAAUGUUAAAGAGCUUA